UUGAGUGCAUGGAAUGUGGCUCAACACGAAAAUCCUCAUUUGACAUGACUUCUAGAGCAUGCUUUUCUACAGAAGACACAUGCGACUAUGUCCCCUCUUUUUGGCCUGGUUUGAAGGACUAUCCGUCAACUUACUUCCUGGGGAUUUUUUUGUUCAUUAAUUAGUUAAUUAGCUGGGUUGUUAGCUUGGCAUCAUUGCUAACUAUCAACAAAAAAAAACAUUUAUAGUUUUAUUGGCUCAUCCGGGCAGAAAAUUAGUAACGUCGAGAUGAGGAGUGGAGCGUACAAGUUUCUGUCCGUUUUUUCUUGUCUCAUUGUUUGCGGUUUCAUGUUCAUGUUUUGGUUUUUCGUUUUUUACUCUAUGGUACUUGCGCCAUAACUUACAACUGGAAUUUAUUUUACAGUUAGCUAGCUAUUUAGCACAGACAGCUAGCUAAGUUCGCUAACGUUAGAUUUACCAAGUUGGCAUCGGCGAUUUUGUCCCCCCACAAAGCAACCCAAACUGACAAGUUGUAGCCAGUAAAAGAUUGAGUCCUAAUUUACUUAGCUACAUACCAAUCAACAGAAAGAGACAAAUGUAGCAACUGUUAGCAAACGGCUAACUAGCAACAACAUUGUGCACAUACCCACAGUGCAUUGCGGCAACGACAGAUCACAUGAUCUGAAUAAGGAAGCGAGGUGUAUUUGGAUUGUAUCUGAGCAUCAAGGAACAGGAGCGGUGAUAGAGAUGGCUUCUGUGCCCGUAGACAAAGACAGUGCAGAUCAGAAGCUGCAGUUUGCUCCCUUCUCCAGUGCCUUAGAGGCAGGCUUCUGGCACCAGCUCACUCAGAAGAAACUCAACGACUACCGACUGGAUGACAGUCCCAAGAAUAUCAAAGGCUACUACUACAAUGGCGAUCCGGUCGGCCUCCCUACUCGCCUGACUUUGGAGUUUAGUGCAUUUGAGGCGGAUGGCCCCAGCCCAGCCCGCUGCUGUCCCGUCACAGGGACCCUGUACAACACCAACACACUGGAGGCCUUCAAGACCUCAGACAAAAAAGCACUGCUGGAAAAACAGGCCACGGAGAUUUGGGAUUCCAUACAGUCCGGUGAUGCUCUCAAGGACCCAUCCCUCCUCUGCAAAUUCCUUUUGCUGACUUAUGCAGACCUGAAGAAGUACCACUUCUACUACUGGUUCUGUUUCCCAGCUCUCUGUUUCUCUGAGGGAAUUAAGAUCCUCAAGGAGCCGGCUACAUUAGAACAAGUCUUCUCUUCUAAACAGACCUCAGCCUUACAGGCAGCCUAUGACAGUCUGUGCAGUGAAACAGGGACCUCAGCUGUUCCUUACUUCCUGAUCAAGUACACAGAGGAUGCUGUCCAGGUGGCCCAGCUACGAGACUGGGACAGCUUCAACACUGAUCUCAACAAGGUAACCGUGGGUGUGUAUGACCCCUGCACUUUGCCCCAGCAUCCAGGAUGGCCUCUGAGGAAUCUGCUGUUUCUCCUAGCCAGCAAAUGGGGCUCCCAGCUAGAUGUGGUGGAGGUGAUGUGUUUCAGAGACAGGACUCUUCAGGGUAGCAGGAACGUUCAGCACAGCAUCGUGUUCCAGGUCAAACUACCGAUCCCUGAGCAGUCUGUCAAUGCAGCGUGUCCAAAGAAUGUAGGAUGGGAGAAGAACCCUAAAGGGGCCAUGGGACCCCGGAUGGUCAACCUCAGUGAAUGUAUGGACCCAAAGAGACUGGCAGAGUCAUCAGUGGAUCUCAACCUGAAGUUGAUGCGUUGGAGGCUGGUGCCUUCUCUGGAUCUGGACAAAGUGACUUCUACUAAGUGUCUGCUGCUGGGGGCUGGUACACUGGGCUGCAACGUAGCCAGGACUCUAAUGGGCUGGGGAGUGAGACACAUCACGUUUGUGGACAACGCUAAGAUCUCUUACUCCAACCCAGUGAGACAGCCGCUGUAUGAGUUUGAAGACUGUCUGGGAGGAGGCAAGGCCAAGGCCCUCGCUGCCGUCGACAGACUGGGCAAGAUCUUCCCUGGAGUGAAUGCAGAGGGCCACGUGAUGAGCAUCCCGAUGCCAGGCCACCCGGUCAACUUCUCCGAGGCGACCAUGUCCCAGGCCAGGCAGGACGUGGAACACCUGGAGAAGCUGAUCUCGCAGCAUGACGUCGUCUUCCUGUUGAUGGACACCAGGGAGAGUCGAUGGCUGCCGACUGUGAUAGCUGCCAGCAAUAGGAAGUUGGUAGUGAAUUCUGCCCUGGGCUUUGACACCUUCGUGGUGAUGAGACACGGUCUGAAGAAACCUAAACCCUGUGGACCAGGAGACUCUUCCGACCCUUCCUCUUCCUCCUCCGCCUCAUCCUCUUCCUCCACGCCGGCCGAGCCCGCCCAGCUCCCAGCAGCCUCUCUGUUCUCCAACAUCCCCGGACACCGCCUCGGAUGCUACUUCUGUAACGACGUUGUCGCCCCCGGAGACUCCACCAGAGACCGGACCCUGGACCAGCAGUGUACAGUGAGUCGUCCAGGCCUGGCCAUGAUAGCAGGAGCUCUGGCUGUAGAACUCAUGGUGUCCAUACUACAGCAUACAGAAGGAGGUUAUGCGGUGGCCAGCAGUAGUGAUGACAGGAUGAAUGAACCUCCAACAUCCCUGGGUCUCGUCCCUCAUCAGAUCAGAGGGUUUCUCUCCAGAUUUGACAACGUUCUACCGGCGAGUCUGGCGUUCGACAAAUGCACUGCCUGCUCACAAAUCGUCCUGGACAGCUAUGAGAAGGAUGGUUUCAACUUCCUGUCCAAGGUGUUUAACUCCUCCCACUCCUUCCUGGAGGACCUGACUGGUUUGACUCAGCUACACCAGGAGACACAGAACGCAGAGAUCUGGGACAUGAGUGAUGAUGAGAGCAUCUGAGACGGAACCCGAAACCUCACAGUUCUAGAAUUGGAACACGGAACACAGAACACAGAACACGGAACACAGUCCCAAAGCCAUUCUACUGCGUUCCCACAAGCCAUCACUUCUCAUCUCUUCUGGUCAGAGUUCAGAACAUAUAUAAUGGGCCUUUCUUCACUAUUAUUAUUAUUUUCUAAACCCCGGUUGGUGUUUAUAUAUGCCCCCCUGAUACAGUUUAAAUAACGGCUAACAACAUUUGAAAUGGUCAAGAGUUGAAUUAAGAAUAUCGGGUCUUCCGAGUAUUUUCUGAAACUGUUUGAAUUGACGUUGGGUAUCAUCAGGAUGAAAAAAGGUCAUCUUUAAAAUGUUACUGAUACGGUUUAAUAUUAACAUCUAAUAAACAUCUGAAAUGUAAAGAAUGUCUGUAGUGUUAAGGGAGAACCCCUCGCAUUAUAACAGUGUCGCUCUCAUGACAACUAAUAUGGUGAGACAUUCUGUUCUAUACCUUCUAUGUUCUGAGGGGGAAUGUAAAGAUUGUUUAAAUGCUUUUCAGUCUAUCUUGAAUCAUUUGUGUUAUUUGUUUCCCAGAUAAGUUGUCCUGAUACGACCCAUACCCAGCUCACUGUCUGUCAACUGAUUUAACUUGUAAUAUAUGCUGUCUCCUUUCCUGUUUCAAAUGUGUUACGGGGAAUGUAUAUAUGUCCCAAAAUUGACCUUCUCCUGUAACAUACAGUAUAUAUAUGUAACACAUGUAAGCCCUUUACUAUUGCAGUUUCAGGGACUUUUCACACAUAUUACACUGUGGAAAUAUGGCUUGAUGUAGACCUACAAUACAGUACAACACACAAUAGGAACUGCUUUACAACCCUGAGGGUAGGUACCACGGUUUGUGAAACGCAGAAUGAUGCCACCACUGUAAGUUUUCAGAUUUUGUCAUGUUGCGUCUUGUCCUUUUUUGUAACAUCUUUGGUCAAGUACAGAUAAAAGCCAUAUUUGACUCUUACAUUGGAUGUAAAUCAAAUUAAAUGUUCCCUGUAUGGA